UAGGGGGAGAGGAAAUGAUGACAAUUUUCAUUUUUAGGUGAACUAUCCCUUAAAUACUGGCCUUAAAAGAAUACAAAAAUUUGCGCGCACUGAUAUGUUCACAGACAUAUGCAUGUGUCUCUAUGGCUUGGUUUGACUCAUUUGUUUGACUUUCAGACUCUCAAGGACAAUACUAGCAGUAGUGGAUUACUGGAAGUGUUAAAAAUGCUCUGGUCAGACUUCCUUGAGUGUUACUCCUGCUCUACCCUACUGGCCUGGUCAGUGUGGUGGGCUUUAUCCACAUGUGGUUACCUCCAGGUGAUUAAUUAUGCUCAAGCACUUUGGGAGAAAAUCUUGCCUUCCAGUGAUUUUGAGAUCUACAAUGGAUACGUGGAGACAAUAUCUACCUUGCUUGGCGCUUUUGCAGCAUUUGUUGUAAGCUUUGUGAAAGUGUCCUGGGCAGUGUGGGGAGAACUCGCCCUUUGCAUUUUCUCUGUGGUAAUUGCAGUGUGUGUGUACCUCAUGGACACCGUCCGAAAUAUCUGGGUUUGCUACACUUCCUACAUGCUCUUCAGAGCUACCUACAUGCUGCUUAUCACCAUAGCAACGUAUCAGAUAGCUGCUAACCUAAGUAUGAGAAGAUAUGCUUUGGUUUUUGGAAUAAACACUUUCAUCGCACUUCUACUGCAGACGCUUCUUACUGUGAUUGUAGUAGAUUCUGUCGGUCUAGGCCUGGACAUUUUUCUACAGUUUCUGAUCUAUGCAAGUUACUUUGCUGUAAUAGCUGUGAUAUUCUUGAUUGCUUGGCUGUAUAAACUGUACAAAAGAAGGGGAUCUGAAGGACAGAAUGAAUUACCCUCAACAGAAACCGUUCCAGAGGCUUGAAACACCUUACAUCAGUAUCCGUUAAGCACAAGGUUAUAGAAUAGUCUUUCCGUUCAACUGAAUGCAUAGGUAAAAAUAAUGUAUUGGGUCAAAUAGGUCAAAAUCAAUAAUAACUGUAUAUUAAGAAAAUGCAGCAUUUCCAAAUCAGUCACAGACCCAGCUUUAAAGGUUAUAAAAGCACUGGUGAUUUUGAUAACUGAGUUCACAAGUAUACACUGAAAGUGGCCGUUGUGGGUCACAGAGUGUGAAGAACAAAAUGCACUUAUUUAAUAUUUUAUUCACACCAUUAUGAUGCCUUACUUUACUUGAAGCUAAGCAACUAGGACAAAAUAAGUAGUCUGACGUUUUUAGCCAAUACUAUCACAUUAUUAAUGUAAGUGCUUGUUUGAAUCUGCAAUCUUUUCUGUUUUUCUCUGACACAUUUGCAGAAUUAUGGUACUUUCACUGCAGAUUACUUUAAUUUUUUUACACACAUUUUGAUCUCGAAUAGAAAUAUUCUUAUGAAGAUGAAAAAAAACAACACUUGGUCCAGUUUUCUUCGCUGACUUAUCAAAAAUAUUUUUCUUUGUCAGCACAUUUGGUUGGAGCUGAUUUUGAAUAGCAGCACAAUUAUGGUUGUGAUAUUGCUUUUUGAUCAUAAAAGAGAGAGAUGACGAUAUGUGACCUUUUAGACACAACCUUGUCAGUAAUUUUUGUCUGUUUGUGGUCUGUCAAAGAAAAAAGUUCCAAAUGAAGCGGCAAAACAAUUAACCUCUGUGCAACACAAAGUAGUAUGGUUUUGUUUUUGACUGAAUCGGUGACUAAAUCAAACAGACA